AGCGGUUGUUCCAGUCGAAGGGCAGGUACUUAAAAAGACUGCUGAUGAGAGACUCGAUCUCGAGAACUUUUCGGCCCAGGGCUCGUGCUCUGGCAGCUCAUGAUAAGUCGUGAAGUUUGUUUUGUGUUUUAUGUUUCAGUUUGGCGGUCUCAGCUUCCCGUUCCGUUUGCGGCUUGGCAGCGGAGCGGCGUAGCCAACCGGAGAGUUGAGAGAUUCUUCCCAAGACAGCGAAAUCACAAUAAGAUGUUUCAAUUUCGGAAAUCCAAGAGGCACUUUUCCCGAAAGAACGCAAUGGACGAAUCCUAUCCUGUGAUUCUUGUCUCCUCCAUUAUCGAUCCGUCGUUUUCUCUUUCUUUCUCCAUCCAUUACAGAGAACAGUGAACAGAUCGCUAUGCCAAAAUCCAUGGUGGGCCUAUUCGCCAAUAGUAGAAACAGUAUCUGGGUUGGCUUCUUCUUUGUGAUUAUGGGCCCUCUUCGCUUUCUCACUCUCCACAUUAUCUAUGCUUUUCCUCUGUUCAUCUUUUCAGUUCCUCCUCCCCUUCUUUUUUUUUUUUUCCUUCUCAUGGCUUGGAAUAUUCAACUCGCCACAGUUCUUCUUCUUCUCCUUCUUCUUCAACAUCAGGGAUUCGUUCUUGCUGUCGUUUCAAGCAGUCUUCAUAUUGUGUACAUGGGAGAUGUAACACAUGAUGAGCCAGACCUCGUUAUAGAUUCACAUCAUAAGAUUCUUUCAGAUGUUCUUGGAAGCCAAGAAGCAGUCACAGAAUCAAUUUUGUACAGCUACAAACAUGGAUUUUCUGGGUUUGCUGCAGUAUUAACUCCCCAUCACGCUGCACUUAUUGCAGAUCUCCCUGGGGUUGUUCGCGUAAUUCCUCAUAGAAUUCUUAGCCUGCAGACCACUAGAAGUUGGGAUUUUCUUCAAGUAAAUCCUCACAUUGCAAAUGGAAUCCUAUCAAAGGGUCAAUCUGGUGUUGGGUCAAUUAUUGGCGUUAUGGAUACCGGAAUAUGGCCUGAAUCAGAAAGUUUCAGUGAUGUGGGGAUGGGAGAGAUUCCAUCUCGUUGGAAAGGGAUAUGCCAAGAAGGAGAACAAUUCAAUCGUUCCAAUUGUAAUAGGAAAGUUAUUGGUGCUCGUUGGUACGUGAAGGGGUAUGAGAUUGAAUUUGGAAAGCUGAAUACAAGCGAUGCAGUGGAAUUCUUGUCUCCACGAGAUGCAUCAGGGCAUGGCACUCACACCUCAUCUACUGCAGCUGGGGCUGCAGUUGAAAAUGCCAGCUUCAUGGGACUGGCUAAAGGAUUGGCAAGAGGAGGUGCUCCAUCAGCUUGGCUAGCAAUCUACAAAGUCUGUUGGUCUACCGGUGGCUGCAGCUCAGCUGACCUUCUUGCUGCAUUCGAUGAUGCAAUAUCUGAUGGGGUAGAUGUGCUUUCAGUGUCUCUGGGUUCAUACCCUCCACUUGCUAGUUAUGUUGAAGAUGUUUUGUCUAUUGGUUCCUUCCAUGCAGUGGCUAAGGGAAUUUCUGUAGUCUGCUCUGCUGGAAAUUCUGGUCCUUAUCCUCAAACAGUGAUAAAUACUGCUCCUUGGAUGAUAACUGUAGCGGCAAACACAAUUGAUAGAGCUUUUCCUACCGCAAUUAUCCUGGGAAACAAUCAAACUGUUGUGGGUCAAGCUUUGUAUACAGGGCAGGAUGUGGAUAAGUUCUAUCCUAUUGUGUAUGGUGAAGACAUUGUAUCUGCUGAUUCAUAUGAAGAGAGUGCAAGGCAAGGCUCCUCUCCCUUUUUUCUUGUUUUAUCUUGUGUUAGGAUAAGAGGGCGCGCCUCUUUGCAGAGAAUGUAUGUUAUUUGUACUCUGAUUUUAAACAGAAGUUGUGAUCCUGGAUCCCUCAAUGCCACUUUAGCCAGAGGAAAGGUGGUCCUUUGUUUCCAAUCUCGGCCACAACGAAGUGCAGCCUAUGCUGCAAGAUCUGUACAGGAAAUUCAGGGUGCUGGAGUCAUCUUUGCCCAGUUUCCAUCAAAAGAAGUCUCUUUAUACUUUGGCAUCCCCUGUGUCCAGGUGGACUUUGUGAUAGGAACUUAUCUAUUGACAUACAUGGAAACAACAAGUAAUCCUGUUGUGAAGUUUGGCAAUACAAGGACAACUUUGGGUCGACAGAUUUCCCCAAAAGUUGCGUUCUUCUCAGCCCGGGGGCCUAGUUCCCUGUCUCCAGCCGUGUUGAAGCCUGACAUUGCUGCUCCCGGGGUUAACAUCUUGGCCUCCUGGUCCCCUGUUUCAUUCCUGCCAUUUGAUGGAACUCAAAAUCAACUCCCGCUUAAUUUCAAACUCGAAUCAGGAACUUCGAUGGCAUGUCCUCACAUAUCAGGCAUUGUGGCUCUUCUCAAAGCUAUCCACCCCACUUGGAGCCCUGCUGCAAUCAAGUCUGCACUGGUUACAACAGCAUCUGUGAAGGAUGAAUACGGUCUUAGUGCUGUGGCUGAGGGAGGUUCAGACAAGGAGGCCGACCCUUUUGACUAUGGAGGCGGUCAUGUUGAUCCUAACAAAUCCAUGGAUCCCGGCCUCAUAUUUGACAUGAAUGUCAAUGACUAUGUUGGUUUCCUCUGUUCCAUGGGCUAUAACCACACUGCCAUCAGCUCGAUAACCAGAGAUAACAGCCCAUGCUUGAAAACGAAGAACUUCCUUUUAAACUUAAAUCUUCCAUCAAUCUCCAUUCCAGAGCUGAAGAACAGGGUGACAGUAUCAAGGACAGUCACAAAUGUUGGUCCAGCAAUCUCUGUCUAUUUUGCUCGAGUUGAAGCUCCUCCCGGAGUAGAUGUCAUAGUGAAGCCCCCAAUUCUGUUUUUCAAUUUUACGGGCAACGAGCUGAAGUUCAAGGUAACAUUCUGCUCCAGGUUAAGAAUACAAGGAAGAUACACAUUUGGAAGCCUGUACUGGGAAGAUGGUUCACACAUGGUAAGGAUACCUUUGAUAGUUAGGCGUGUCAUUACAGACUUUUAUGCUGAAACAUAAUCACAAACUAUCCUUUUUGUUCAUCUCCUUAUUUUCAUUUCCUUCUUUUUCUCAUCAUAAAACCAUUGGUUCUGGUUCAUAUUGCAAAGCAAUAAAAUCCCAUAUCACCCAGUAGAAAAAUGAAAAGAAGAUGAUAAAUCUAAGAUUUGUAUAAGAAGAAGAAGAAGAAGAAGAAGAAGAAGAAGGUGGAAGACUGAUUCAACACUGGCUCAAUGAUAAUCCACGAAAUGGACUCAUUUGUUUAGUCUUGCCUGUGCUUAGUUUUGCUUAGAACCGUUCAAUGAAGUGGCCAUUGUGAUUGGUCAUUUGGCUGUAUUAUUGUCUCUUAAGAUGACAUGAUCCAAGAGUGACUUGUUCAUAAAUAAAUGGGGGAUUCAAAUGA